AUGGGCAGGGAAAACCAGACAUGGAUGAGUGAAUUCAUUCUGCUGGGCUUGUCCAGCUUCUGGGAGACUCAGGUUUCCCUCUUCAUCCUUUUCCUGGCCAUGUAUCUGGUGACCGUGCUGGGGAACUUCCUCAUCAUCCUCCUUAUCAGAAUGGACAGCAGGCUAAAUACACCCAUGUACUUUUUCCUUAGUGUCCUGUCAUUUGUGGACAUCUGUUAUUCCAACAGCAUUGUCCCACAAAUGCUUGUUCACUUCCUGUCAGCCUCGAAGUCCAUCCCGUUCCGCAACUGUUUGCUCCAGCUGUCCAUCUCGCUGGCAGUGGCAAGCACGGAGUUCUUUCUGCUGGGAGCCAUGGCCUAUGACCGCUAUGUGGCGGUGUGCCACCCACUUCACUAUGCAGCCAUCAUGCAUGGAGGACUGUGCCUGGGGCUGGCUGCCGGCUGCUUGGUGGCUGGUUUCAUGAAUUCUCUGAUGGAAACAAUCAUCACCUUCCGGCUUCCACUGUGUAACAAUGUUCUCAAUCACUUUGCCUGUGAAACCCUAGCAGUGCUACGGCUAGCCUGUGUGGACAUCUCGUUCAACAAGGUCAUGGUGGCCAUCUCAGGAUUUCUGGUGAUCAUGCUUCCCUGUUCUCUGGUCCUCUUCUCCUACGGUCAUAUAGUUGCUGCCAUUCUGUGUAUUCGCUCUGCCCAGGGACGCCGCAAAGCAUUUGAGACCUGUGCUUCCCACCUCACUGCGGUUUCCAUGUGCUUUGGAACAACCAUCUUCACAUAUAUGAGACCUGAGGCUGGCUCCUCAGCAGAACAGGAGAAGAUGGUCUCCCUGUUCUAUGCUGUGGUGACCCCAAUGCUGAAUCCCUUAAUCUACAGCUUGAGGAACAAGGAGGUGAUGAGUGCCCUAAGAAGAGUGUGGGAAAAAAUUAGUGAAAAAAGGUAA